AUGGAAAACGAUUCGCUCGGUGCCAGCAGAUAUUUGCUACUGAUCGUAGACGAAGCCAGUGGAUGUAUAAAGGGCUUGUCUUUUCGAGUGAAGUCCGAGAGUGAAGACUACAUCCGUAAGUACAUCACUAUGGUACAGACGCAGUUCAGUAAGAAGGUCAAGUUUGUGCGACACUACGGAGCUUGCGAGCUCGCAACCAACUCGCUUCGUAUUUUCAUCGAAGACGAAGGCAUUGAACAGCAGACAACAGUUUCAUGUACACUUCAAACCGACGGAACAUCAGAGCGUGCCAUUAGGACUAUCGUCACGAUCGGCCGCAGCAUGCUUCAUCAUGCCAAACUGAACAAGUGUUUCUGGGCUGAAGCAGCAAUGACGGUCAUCUACGUCAAGAAUCGCCUACCGUCACCUAGAGUCGUACACAAGACCCCGUUUGAGAUCGUGUACAACUCCAAGCGAAGUUUCAAGCACAUGCGAGUAUUUGGAUGUCAGACGUACAUACUGACUCCAAAGGAGAAGCGACUCAAGUGGGAUCCAAAGGCUCGCGCUGGCAUAUUCGUGGGAUACGAAGAAGUUUCGAAGGCAUAUCGUGUUUAUGACAUCAAGGCGGUGAAGGUGGUUAUCAGUCGCGAUGUCAGCUUUGACGAGUCCACCUUUGGACUUCCGCCACCGAUCCCUGAUGAAGAUGCCGAUGACCUGGACUUCGAAUUGCUUGACCUCAAUGAUGAAGAGCCGCGUCUGGUGGAGUACAAGCAAACAGGCAAGCGCAAAAACCGCCUCAGUGAUGAAGAUACAGCAGCUCCACGACCGCGUGCAGUGCGUCAACGAUCUGGACUUGAAAAGUCAAGCGCGCCGGAAAGCAACUCGUCACGCCAAGAAGAAGACGAAGAAACGAAGGAUUCUGAUGAAUCAACUCCGCCUGUGUUUUGUUGUGCGAGUGCGAAUGCCGUUGAAACAGCAGCGGACUUAUUGAAGCCCUCAACAUUUGAGGCGGCAGUGAGCGGCCUUGACCAAGUUUAUUGA